UUGAUGUUAUUAAAUAACACAAUUUUAUAUAAAAAAUAAUAUAACUUUUAUUAUUAAGUUUAAUUGUGCUAACUUUUAAUGACAUUUGAUUUGUAUUAUAACCGAUACAGUGGUCCAGUGCGGGCCGUUUGGAUGACAGUCAGGCAAUUAAAACUUGAUGUUAACUUCAAGCCAAUUGACCUAGCUGUUGGCGAACAAUUGAAACCAGAGUUUCUAGCUUUAAAUCCCUUGCAUAAAGUGCCCACUUUAGUGGACGACGGGUUUGCUCUAUGGGAGAGUCGGGCUAUAAUGCAAUACCUGUGCAACCGAUACGCGCCGGACAGCACUCUCUACCCAAAGGACCCGAAACAGCGCGCUCUAGUGGACCGGUCUCUCAACUUUGACCUCACAUUUUUGAACCAAAUCAUAGAUGUUGUAUGAAACCAACCCUCGGCCGAUAAAGUAACCGCGUUUAAUAAUAGCCUCAAAAAUUUGGAUCAAGUGCUAAUUAAGCAAAAUAAGUAUCUCGUUGGCGACCAGUUGACCCUGGCCGAUUUGUCACUACUGGCGUGUUGGGUAUAUCUGGAAAAAGCUCACACAAAUGUCAGUGCGUACCCCAAUUUCCAGCGAUGGGUGACUGGCCUUCAGGCAGAGCUACCCUAUUAUGAUGAGGUUAACGGUAUAUCGCAGGCCGAGUGGGACCAGGAAAUUGCCAGAUAUAUGGCACAAGCUUAA